AUGGUCAACUUUCUUUCUUUCUUUCUUUCUUUCUUUCUUUCUUUCUUUCUUUCUUUGUUCCUCUUCUUCUUCUUUAUUUUAUGGUCACCUUUCUUUCUUUCUAGUCUCCUUUCUUUCUUUCCUGGUUCCUCUUCUUCUUCUUCAUUUUAUGGUCAUCUUUCUUUCUUUCUUUUUCUUUCUUUCUUUAUUUAUUUUAUAGUCAACUUUCUUUCUUUCUUUCUUUCUUUCUUUCUUUCUUUCUUUCUUUCUUUCUUUCUUUCUAGGCUCUUUUCUUUCUUUCCUGAUUCCUUUUCUUCUUCUUUAUUUUAUGGUCACCUUUCUUUCUUUCUUUCUUUCUUUUUCUUUCUUUCUUUUUUUCUUUCUUUCUUUCUUUUUUAUGGUCUUUUUUCUUUCUUUCUUUUCUUUCUUUCUUUCUUUUCUUUUUUCUUUCUUUCCUUUCCUUUUCUUCUUCUUUUUUUUUUAUGGUUUCUUUCUUUUCUUUCUUUUGUUCCUCUUCUUCUUCUUUAUUUUAUGGUCACCUUUUCUUUCUUUCUUUUCUCUCCUUUCUUUUCUUUCCUGGUCCUUCUUCUUUAUUUCCUUUCUUUCUUUCUUUUUUUUAUGGUCAACUUUCUUUCUUUCUUUCUUUCUUUCUUUCUUUCUUUCUUUUCUUUUUCUUUCUUUCUUCUUUCUUUUUUCUUUCUAGUCUCCUUUUCUUUCUUUCCUUUUUCUUCUUUUAUUUUAUGGUCAACUUUCUUUCUUUCUUUCUUUCUUUCUUUCUUUCCUUUCUUUCUUUCUUUCUUUCUUUUUCCUAGGCUCUUUUCUUUCUUUCCUGAUUCCUUUUCUUCUUCUUUUUAUUUUAUGGUCACCUUUCUUUUUUCUUUCUUUCUUUCUUUCUUUCUUUUUUCUUUCUUUUCUUUCUUUUUUUAUUCACCCUUUCUUUCUUUCUUUCCUUUCUUUCUUCCUGGUUUCCUCUUCUUCUUUAUUUUAUGGUCAUUUUCUUUUUCUUUCUUUCUUUCUUUUCUUUCUUUCUUUCUUUCUUUUUUUCUUUCUUCUUUUAUGGUUCAAUCCUUUCUCUUUCUUUCUUUCUUUCUUUCUUUCUUUCUUUCUUUUGUUCCUCUUCUUCUUCUUUUUAUUUUAUGGUCUUUUUUUUUUUUCUUUCUAGUCUUUUUCUUUCUUUCCUGGUUCCUCUUCUUCUUUAUUUUAUGGUCACCUUUUCUUUCUUUCUUUCUUUCUUUCUUUUUUCUUUCUUUUUUUUUCUUUCUUUAUUUAUUUUAUUUUAUGGUCAUCUUUCUUUCUUUCUUUCUUUUAUUUUAUGGUCAACUUUCUUUCUUUCUUUUUUCUUUCUUUCUUUCUUUGUUCCUCUUUCUUCUUUCUUUUCUUUCUUUUCUUUCUAUUCCUUUUUUCUUUUUCUGGUUCUUUCUUCUUUAUUUUAUGGUCAUCUUUCUUUUCUUUCUUUCUUUUAUGGUCAACUUUCUUUCUUUCUUUCUUUCUUUCUUUCUUUCUUUCUUUCUUUGUUCUUUCUUCUUUUUUAUUUCUUUCACCUCUUCUUCUUCUUUAUUUUAUGGUCACCUUUCUUUCUUUCUAUCAUCUUUCUUUCUUUCUUUUCUUUCUUUCUUUUUUUUUCUUUCUUUUCUUUUCUUUUUAUUUUAUAGUCAACUUUUUUCUUUUUCUUCUUUAUUUUUAUGGUCUUUUCUUUCUUUUUUCUUUCUUUUUCUUUUCUUCAUUUUAUUUCUUUUCUUUCUUUCUUUUUUUUUUCUUUCUUUAUUUAUUUUUAUAGUCAACUUUCUUUUUUCUUUCUUUCUUUCUUUCCUUUUCUUUCUAGGCUCUUUUCUUUCUUUCUUUCCUUUUUCUUCUUCUUCUUUUUUUUAUGGUCAACUUUCUUUCUUUCUUUCUUUCUUUCUUUCUUUCUUUCUUUCUUUGUUCCUCUUCUUCUUCUUUAUUUUAUGGUCACCUUCCUUCUUUCCUUUAUGUUUUCUACUUUUAUAA